AUGUUAGAUAUGAUUGAGGUUAUAGAAAAUUUUGAAAAAGAAACAAGUGAAGUAUUCAAUAAAUUAGGGAUAUUAAAAGAAGAAAUAACUAUUGGUGAUAGGAGAGGAACAAAUAUUGGUGAUAAAAAAAAAGAAUACGAUAAUUGUCUUGAAUAUAUUAUUUCCGAGUAUAAUGUGUUAUUAUUUCAUAGAAAUAAUCUUAAUUAUAAGGAAAAACUAGAAUUUGACAGGAAAAUACAAAAUAUUAAAAAUAAAAUAAAUUAUUUUAAAUUAACAACUGGAAGUUCUUUUGUGGAACAAGAGAAUAUUCCUUCAUAUAAUCCUUUUGUGGAAGGUGGUGAUAGUAUUGAAAAUGAGGGUAGUCAAAUGUAUAAAGAAGCUAAAUUAAGAGAACUUAUGUUAAUAGCACAGGAAAAAAAAGCAAUUGCAGAGGCACAAAGGCAACUUGAGUCAGAUGUUCGUGAUUUAAAUGAUAUUAUGGAAGAUCUACAUAAAAUAGUCCAUAGUCAAAAUGAUAUGGUUGAUAGUAUUGAACAUAAUAUUGAGCAAUCUGUUGCACAGGUAGAAAAAGGAAAUGAAGAAAUUAGAAAAGCAGUUAAGGCAAAAAAUAAAAAAGUUCCACUUAUUGCUGCUGCUGUAGGUGGAAUUGCCUGUGGUGGACCAGCAGGUAUAGCAGUUGGUACGGGGACGGGUAUUGUUGCAGCAAUUACUGGUGCUGUAACAGGAUUAAUCGGUGGAAGAUGGUUAACAAACAAAGUUACAAAAAAUGAUUAA